AUGACAUCAACCAUACAACAAACUUAUUUAUUUCUAGAAAAAAUAUUACCAAUUAUCAAAAAUGAAAUUGGAAAUGUAGAUAAAGAAAUUACACUUCAAAAAGAAAAAAUUGAUAAUAUAUCAAAAUUAUUAAAAGAACUAACAUCAAAUAUAGUUGAAUUGGAAGAACAAGAGCAGCAAUUUCAAAAUAACUUAAAUCAAUACUCUGAACAAAAGGCACAAGAUGAAUCAACUUUAAAGGAUCUCCAAGAUGAAAUUGAUAAAAGUAGUAAAGAAGCUGCAAGACUUCAAGCUGAAAUUGAUAAAUAUCAAAAGAUGUUGGAUGAAAUGGCAGAGCUUGACCCAUUGGCUGCAGAAAUAACAAGUUUAGUCGAAAAGAUCAAAGGUGAUUUCGACCAGGUAACAAAUAAAAUUAAUGCAUUAAAUGAAAAUAUUAAAACUUUAAAUGCCUCAUUAGAAAAAACUCAAGCAGAUGAAGAUGCAUUAAAUCAAAAAAUUGAGGUAGCCACUGCACAUAAGAUCCAACUACUCAACCUUCAAGAUGAAAAAAAUCAAAAUAUUAAACAAUUGGGUGUAGAUAGAACUAAUGCUGAAAACUAUAGACUUGAUUUAAUGAAUCUUAGGGAUAAAUUAGAAGAUAUUUCAAAAAGUAUAGAGCUAGGAAAAGAAUUUAAAGAUGAUUCUUUGGUUUCAAAAGAAGAAAUCGAAAAGGAAAUAAAAGCUCUAUACAUAAAACAUAAUAGAAAUGUACCAAAUGGUUUAUUGAAUUAA